GUUGCUGCUUACCACCAUGCCCAAGCCUUCGUUAAGACCGUCGCCCCAGUAGCUCACUACGCUGCCCCAGUUGCUGCUCACUACGCCGCUCCAGUUGCCGCUUACCACCACGCCCCAGCUGUAGUCAAGACUGUUGCUCCAGUUGCUCACUACGCCGCCCCAAUCGUCAAGGCCGUCCACCAAGAAGUAUACCCAGACACCCACCCACAAUACGCUUACCAGUACGGAGUCCAAGACGCUCACACCGGUGAUGUAAAGAACCAACACGAAGAACGUGACGGCGAUGUGGUCAAGGGAUACUAUACUUUGGUCCAACCUGAUGGUGUCACCCGUACCGUCCACUACACCGCUGACUCCCACAACGGAUUCAACGCUGAAGUAGAAUACAAAGGAGAACCAAUCGUACAAAAAGCCGUAGUAGCCAAGACCAUUGUUGCCGCUGCCCCAGUAUACAAAGCCUACCACCAUUAA